AUGUUUGUAAAAAAGAUGUCUCUGUUGUGGCCGUUGGUAAGUGAAAUGAUGGAGGACAGGUCUAACCGUUCCCUCUAUGACCAGCAUUUUGGCCUUGGACUUCUUAACGAUGAGGCGCUUCGUCCAUUGAACCAGCUCUUGGUAUCUCCGAUGCGUUGUGGUUAUUUGCGACCAUGGAGAAGCAUGGCUUUAGGUGAUUCUGGAAUUUCUACUAUCUCAUCCGAUAAGUCAGAGUUCAAAAUCAACUUGGAUGUUCAGCAGUUCAAGCCAGAUGAACUUAAAGUGAAAGUAGUUGAUGACUAUCUAGUAAUUGAAGGAAAACAUGAAGAGAGAUCCGAUGAACACGGUUUCAUCACUCGUCAGUUUACCCGCCGUUACAAGAUUCCUCAGGAUGUAGAUCAAAGUGCAAUUGAAUCCAACUUGUCAACUGAUGGUGUGCUUACCCUCAAAGCCAAGAAGAAGCCAACACCAGAAAUAGAAGGCAGAACUAUCCCAAUUGUUCAAACAAAGACGCCAGCGGUGACUAAUGAAAAGGAUAAGAAGUCUGAAAAAACAGAAGAAAAAAUGGAACAAUAA